UUUAGGUGUCCGGGGUCUGUCCAUGGCUGGGUCCAAGUGCACGGGCACACUCAGGGAUCUGCAGCUCGCUCUGCAGCUAAAAAUUGAAGAGCUGCGGCAGCGAGAUGCGCUUAUUGAUGAGCUCGAGCUGGAGUUGGACACUAAGGACGAUCUGAUCCGACAACUGCAGAUAGAACUGGACAGACAUCGCAAACUGUCGUCGACACCGUGCACUAGUGGCAACUCUGGUGGGACCCCACUGCCAGCCCCGGUGAUUCCAGAUGAGCCUCAGCGCACAAAAAGACAGGCUAUAUCUGCAGAGCCCACAGCCCUAGACCCCUCUCAACUUUCAGAUGUAACUCUGACCAGUUACUGUAAAACAAAGGAGUCCAGGGAGCUGAUCCAAAGAGCUUUGAUGGACAACGACUUCAUGAAACACUUGGAGCAUGGGCAGAUUGUCACAAUCAUGGACUGCAUGUAUCCCACAAGUGUGGCCAAGGGCUGCUGCGUUAUCCAAGAGGGAGAUGAUGGCUCCACUGUAUAUGUUUUAGAGGAGGGGAUGGUUGAGGUGACAAAACAAGGAAAGAAACUGUGUAGAAUUGGUCCAGAAAAGGUGUUUGGAGAGCUGGCCAUUCUGUACAACUGCACCCGAACUGCUACUGUCACAGCUCUGACUGAUAUCAAACUUUGGGCAAUUGAUCGUCAGAUUUUUCAGACAAUCAUGAUGCGAACCGGUCUGAUCAAACAUUCCCAGUACACAGAUUUCCUUCGCAGCGUCCCUUCCUUUCAAACUCUACCUGAAGAUGUACUCAGUAAACUUGCUGAUGUCUUAGAGGAGACUCAUUACAAUGACAGUGAUUACAUUAUCCGCCAGGGAGCCACUGGAGACACAUUCUUCAUCAUCAGUGAAGGACAGGUGAAAGUGUCCCAGCAGAACUCUAAUGAGGAGCAGGUGAUGGAGAAGAUUAUGUCCAAAGGAGAGUGGUUUGGAGAGCAGGCUCUGAAAGGUGAGGAUGUGCGCACAGCCAGUGUUACAGCGGUAGGGGAUGUCACAUGUCUCGUCAUUGACCGAGAGUCUUUCAAACAGCUCAUUGGAGGACUGGAUAGUGUCAAUAGUAAACAGUACGACAGCGAUGAGCUCAAGGCCAAGCUACAGGCAGAGACAGAUUUCUUCUCCAGUGUGUCCCUCAAUGAUUUUAAUAUCAUCUGUACUCUGGGGGUGGGAGGAUUCAGUCGUGUGGAGCUGGUGCAGCUAAAGAGUGACACAAAUCGAUCAUUUGCCCUGAAGGUGUUAAAGAAGAGACACAUCCUGGACACAAGUCAGCAGGGCCACAUCCUCUCAGAGCGCCGCAUUAUGAUUGAGGCUCAUAGUCCGUUUAUUAUUAGGCUGUACCGCACGUUUAGGGACAGCAAAUAUCUCUACAUGCUGCUGGAGGUGUGUCUUGGGGGAGAACUGUGGACUCUGCUGAGAGACAGGGGUUCAUUUGAUGACGGGACCACACGCUUCUACACAGGCUGCGUUAUUGAGGCACUGGCCUUUCUGCACUCCAGAGGCAUCAUCUACAGAGACCUGAAGCCUGAAAACAUCAUCCUGGACCACAGGGGAUAUGCCAAACUGGCAGACUUUGGCUUUGCAAAGAAAGUGGGUUUGGGUAAAAAGACAUGGACAUUCUGUGGAACCCCAGAGUAUGUUGCACCUGAGAUCAUAUUGAACAAAGGGCAUGACAGUUCGGCUGACUGCUGGUCUUUAGGGAUACUCAUCUAUGAGCUGCUCAGUGGAAGUCCUCCAUUUUCAGGCUCUGACCCCAUGAAAACCUAUAACAUCAUCCUCAGAGGCAUCGACAUGGUUGAAUUCCCCAAAAAAAUCACCAAGAGUGCAGCCAACCUCAUCAAACGAUUAUGCAGAGAUAACCCAUCAGAAAGACUGGGCAAUCAGAAGAACGGGAUUAAAGACAUUCAGAAACACAAGUGGUUUGAGGGCUUCAACUGGGAAGGCCUCCGUCAGGGAACAAUAGACUCUCCUUUUACACCUUCAGUGGAGGGGCCUUUAGACAACAGCAACUUUGACUAUUUCCCAGAGGACGCUGAAGAGCCUCCUGCCGACGAGGAGUCAGGCUGGGAUAUUGAGUUUUAACCAGAAGUGGACCGAUCAAACCAACACUAAUAGACUAUGUAUUUAGGUUAUUAUCACAAUGAUUAAACUGAG